UAGGAAAGUGAAUGGAUCUGUGUUAUAAUUCAAUGUGGAUGUUGGUGGUGGUUAGUGGGGAAUUUAUAGGGGAAUUGCUGUGCAUACGGGGCAGGUUCCAGAGAAGGUCCACAUGGUCGGUAGUGAGAGACUUUUGCCUCUUGAACAGGUGUUACGAAGGUUUUUUUGAAGGGGAUCUUCAGUAUCACGAAGUCCCUCAAGUGGAGACGCUACCGGAUCCAGCCAAAGUUGGCCCGGUUUUUAAGGGCGAUGUCCCUCCUAUCGAGGCAGGGGUCAAGGCUGCUUCUCCGAUCAGGGGAACAAGUGUGGCUAGCGGUCAAGUCGUCUCCCAACGUUGGUCUGCUGCUGUGGAUUCUACUCUUGAGGAGGAUAUCGGUGGCAAUAUUAUUGACCGACGUUUAUGUCGGAAACGCAAUAUCGAUCCUCUGCUCGCUAAGUCACUCAUUGUUAUUGAGAUUGCUUAUGGUGAUGACCCGCAAGCAAUGGAGACGGCAGGUUUGCGUCGGAUGGUGAGUCCUUCGUCUUUGAGUGCUCUUGGUGUGUAUCUCCCAGGGUGGAACCUUACGUUAGAUUCCCUUUUAUUGGAACAGGGUCCCGCCCGUGAGUGGUGUCGACAUGCGUUUCCUUCGGCUACCCUGUAGCCCUCGAGGCUCUUUCUUAUUCUCACAUGGCGAACGAUCUUCAAUAUGUCAUAGCUCAGGUUGCUCCUUACUUGGUGGCGGCUGCUGGUCGUCUUCGUUACAUAGGGGCCGAUUUAGCGGAGUUGGCUGCUAUUAAUUCAGAGCAUGACGAGCUUGCAAAGAAGGUUUGGCUUAUCGAAGAGGAGCAACGCAAGUUUGAUGAACGCUACCUCGUGCUUUCUGAGGAGAAGAUUGAUGUAGAAGCUCAAGUGGCGACUCUGGAUGGGGAGGUUAGUCUCUUAUCCCAGCAGGUCCAGAAUUUGGUCUCGAAGAAAGAAGCACUGGCGGAGCAUUUGGCACUACCAGAAGAUUAGUUCGCCGCUUAGGUCUCGAGGAGGAAAUUCUUGGAGGCUGAUUUAGCUUGGGUUCUUCAGAAGGGGGUGGUUCGUGUGGUGGACCAUGUUGUCGAGAGUAGCGAGUUCGCGCUUGGGAUUCAUUGUGUGAAAGCCGUGUGUGUGAUUGCUGGUGUAGAGAGAGGGAAGUGGAUGACAUGAGUGUGGUCGGAUGACAGCGGUCCUAGCUCGUUCGAUUCGAACGCUGCGGAACGGUCUGUCGAUGCAAUGCAUGAUGCCAUUAGGGCUUUUUCCGAGAUGGACUUCGCGUCCUAUCUCCGUUUGAGCGAGCUCGGCCUUGCUAAGCUUCGCCAACUAUGCUAUGAAGUGGAGGAUCUUGUUUCAGACGGUGAUGUUGAGGGCACUGCCUCGACUAAACCUCGACAGGGUUGAUUUGUGUUGUAUGUUUUUGUAUGUUUAUUGUUUGUUUUUCAUUUUUUCUAGACAAAACUUCAAAAAUGGUCCCUGUGGUUUUUGAAAAUAUCAAGUUUAGUCCCUAAGUUCAAAAAACCUCACAGAUGUUCCUUGUGGUUUCAAAACUUUUAACAAAUGGUCAUUCCGCUUAACUCCGUCAGCUUUCUACCGUUAAGUGAGGGGCAUUUUCAUCAUUUCAAUACACAGGGACCAUUUAUGAGGUUUUCUCUAUUAAAAAAAAGAAAAAAAAUAGAAUUAUUUAAUUAAAGGGCCCCACCCCCUCAUUUCAAUACACAAAACACUCCACCCGUCAUUUCAAUACACAAGAGAGAUUGAUCAUCCAAAAAAAGAAAAUAAUAAAUGGAUAACAAAUAAAUAAGUUACAUCUUAUACAAAAAAGAUCCGAUUUUUACGGAGAUGAAGCAUCAAACAAAACCUCAUUAAGCAUAUCAUCCUCACCAUUAGUGACUGCAAAAAAUUCUGCAUCUUUUUCAUCAUCAUUUGAGAAAUCCCUUCUUUCAACCCUAGAAUGAGCAGCAAUAAAGAUCAAUUUAUGAGCUUUUUCCAUUCCACUCCACGAUUUAGCCCAUUUCAAGAAAGACCAAUUCCAUUUAAACCCACGUUACGUGGCAUGAAGAAAAAUCAACCUCACUGCAACUUUCCUCAAAGAAUUAAACUCUGUUAAAUAAGUUUCCCAAACUAACCUGCUACUUUGUGGAUUAGCGAUUUUCAUUUUACCCAAAAUGGGGUCUCUUUGUUUUAAUUGAGCAGCUUGCGCAUACACUGG